GCCGUGACAGAGAAACCAGGCGGUCCGCUCCCAGGAUGCGGUCUCGGGGGCGAGUUGGCCCCUGAGGCCCGGUGACCCCUCGCUCGCAACCAGGGCUAGCGCCUGUGUGCGCCCACGGAAACACCCGACCGACUGGAGAAAGAAAAAGGGGUCAGGGGACCUCCUUCCAGCUCUACGCGCCUGUCAUUCAGAGGUAGAGGUCAGGAAAGGGGAAGGACGGAGCCCCAGAGCAACAGAAGUCAGACGGUGCCAGGGACACUGAGGGCGGAGCCAGGGGAAGGCUGCCGAGCGCGGUCCUCGCUCCUCCCAGUCCGGGACGGGGCCCGAGGCCUCGAUCCGCCUUCCCCGCGCCGUCCUGGUCAGGGCCCCGCGGGGCAGCCAUGCCGGGACGUCUGCUGCGGGGCCUGUGGCAGCGAUGGGGCCGUUACAAGUACCGCUUCGUUCCCUGGAUCGCGCUGAACCUAAGCCACAACCCGAGGACCCUCCGGUAUGUUCCAGAGGAAUCCAAAGACAAAGUUAUCUCAGAUGAAGAUGUCCUAGGAACGUUACUGAAAGUUUUCCAGGCUCUAUUUUUAAAUGAUUUCAAUAAACAAUCAGAAAUCUUGACUAUGCUUCCAGAAUCUGUUAAAUCAAAAUAUCAAGACCUACUGGCAGUUGAACAUCAAGGGGUGAAACUGCUUGAAAACAGACAUCAACAGCAAAGUACCUUUAAGCCAGAAGAAAUUCUUUACAAGACUCUGGGUUUCAGUGUUGCCCAAGCAACUAGCUCAUUGAUUUCUGCUGGAAAAGGUGUCUUCGUUACGAAAGGAUUGGUACCAAAAGGCGCAGUCGUAUCUAUGUAUCCUGGUACAGUAUAUCAGAAGUAUGAGCGAUCUUUUUUCCAGUCCCAUUGGAAAUCCAUUUAUUUUUAGAUGUGCCUGGAUGGGGUACUCAUUGAUGGGAAUGACAAAGGAAAUCAAAAGCGUUGGUACAGAUCUUGCAAUGGGAGGGAUCGACUCGGCCCUUUAAAAAUGAGUGAUAGUACAUGGCUAACGUCAGAAAUUCAUAACCCUCUGGCUGUGGGACAGUAUGUCAACAAUUGUUCCAAUGACAGAGCAGCUAAUGUCUGUUAUCAGGAAUUUGAUGUGCCUGCAGUUUUCCCUGUAGAACUGAAGCAGUAUCUUCCAAACAUUGCCUACAGCUAUGACAAACAAAGCCCACUUCGAUGUGUUGUUCUUGUCGCACUUAGGGACAUCAGUCAAGGAGAAGAGCUUUUUUCAAACUACUACACAAUUGUCAGCUAACUGUGAAUCAGAAAUUAUUAGGUUUUCUACUCAUCUAUUAAUUCUAAGUGUUUAUUGUUAAUCACUUCUCUGAGUUAUACCUGUAAAACAAAUAUUUUGAGACUUAAUUGGAAUAGGAAUUUUUUAUGUUUUUGUUCAUAUUAUAUUUAUGUUCCAAUUUCAUGAUAAAAGCUACUUGCUUCAUUACAAUUUCAAAUUUGUAAUGCAAUUCCAAUUUUAAUUGGUUUUCACCUAAAUACACAAUAGCUUAUUAAAUUAAAACCUACUCUUUGAAAUUAUAAUUUCAAUUUUUCUUUUGUUUAUUUUGUAAGCUCUGUGGUGGUUUAUAAAA